AGCAGACCCAGUUCUGUCUUCUGCUAGAGAAUAUUUGUCAGGGAGAACGCCAUUAUUUUUCAAUGCGAAAUGAUUGUGAAGUAUUAAACAAACCGUUUACAACAUCACAAACUGUGCAGUUAUAUCAAAUACACUAGAUGGUGCCAUGGAAAAUUGAGUUGUAAAAGUCAAAUGCAGAAACAUUGAGUAUGGUCACCAUGAGCUCCGAAAAAGCCGUCAGGCGCAAACAAGAUACAAAUGGGGGACAACAGACCACUGCUCCACACACUCCCAACUCUGACGACACACCCAAUCACCUGGUGUAUAAAAAAAUGGAACAGAUUGUUGAAAAAAUGCAAGAUGAAAACUCCGGGGUUCCUGUCCGUACUGUAAAAAGUUUCAUGUCCAAAAUACCUUCAGUGUUUACUGGAUCUGAUCUUAUUCUUUGGAUGAUAAAGAAUUUGGAUGUGGAAGAUCAAGGUGAAGCCCUUCACCUUGGGCACUUGAUGUCAGCACAUGGUUAUUUUUUUCCUAUCGAUGAUCAUAUGCUUACAGUGAAAAAUGACAACACAUUUUACAGGUUCCAGACACCAUACUUUUGGCCUUCAAAUUGCUGGGAACCCGAGAAUACUGAUUAUGCUGUAUAUCUUUGCAAACGCACCAUGCAGAACAAGACAAGGCUGGAGUUGGCUGACUACGAAGCUGAGAGCUUAGCUAGGCUACAGAAGAUGUUUUCCCGGAAAUGGGAGUUCAUUUUCAUGCAGGCAGAAGCUCAAAGCAAGGUCGAUAAGAAAAGGGACAAACUUGAGCGCAAAGUUCUUGACAGUCAAGAAAGGGCAUUCUGGGAUGUUCAUCGUCCAAUGCCUGGCUGUGUGAACACAACGGAGCUGGAUAUCAAGAAGGCGUGUCGCAUGAACAAGACAGUGGCGGCACCCCAGCAGCCUUCUUCCAAUAUGGCCAACAGUUCAGCCACUGUUGAAGCCCUCAACAGAGAGAUCUCCUUGCUGAAAACCCGCAUAGAUCGGAGGAAUUUCAAAAUUUCGAAAGUUGCUGAGUCGUAUAUUAGCUAUUUUGAGCAGUAUGCAGAAUACGAUUCAUUCUUCACUCCACCAGAAAUAGCAAAUCCUUGGAUCUCUGACAGUCCUGAAUUCUGGGAUCAGUACAAAGAAACGAAAGAUAUUUCUGCAAGAAGAGUAAAACGUUGGGCUUUCAGUUUACAAGAACUCCUUGCUGAUCCAGUAGGAAGAGAACAUUUUAUCAAGUUUCUUGACAAGGAAUUCAGUGGAGAGAACUUAAAGUUUUGGGAAUCUGUACAGGAACUGAAAGCGUUACCUCAAAAAGAUGUUUUACAAAGAGUAAAUGAGAUUUGGGCAGAGUACCUGGCACCGGAUGCUAGUUGUCCAGUCAAUGUGGACUCCCACUCCCAUGAGAUCACUAAGCGAAACAUGGCACAACCCGACAGGUGGACAUUUGACACUGCGGCUGCUCAUGUGUACCAUUUAAUGAAGAGUGAUAGUUAUUCUAGAUAUUUGCGCUCGGAAAUGUACAAAGACUUCCUGAAUGGAUCAAAGAAAAAGAAAAGGAGAACUAAGUAAGAGAAGUGGACGACAUUUAGAGGUUCAGACUUCAAUGAAAGGUAUCCGAUCAAUUGUUUCGUUCUCCACUCGCAAAGAAACUGCCACGUCGUAGAAAGGAUUUGGAUCAACUCAUCAAGUAACUCAGCAUUUAUGUAAAUUAAUGAUAUUUUAUAUUAUAUCAUGACAAUCAGGCAAUUAUAUUUUUACAUUAUAAGUUCUCGCUA